CAUGUCAUGUCAUCGUUGAGCCGCCAUCAUAAAUUCUUUUGGCAUUAUCAAGCUUCAUUUUGUUUGUGUGAUUUUGGUCCGCUGGUGGAAGCCUUUUUAUUGGAAGCCAGCAAUUCUCUUUUAGUUGUUUUUAACGUUUCUACAUAUUGAUAAAAAGAGGGGCGGUGCGUUGUCCUAGGUUUCGACCGGACUAGCGUAUCGUCCGAGGAUAAAGACCAAGUUUAGUGUGCUACUCAAUCAGUUUUACUGGCUUUCAGAAAAUAGCACACCAUGACUCGUGGUAAUCAGAGAGAUUUGGCACGUGCCAAAAAUCAGAAGAAACAGCAGGAAAUGCAAAAAAAGAAAAAUGCUAAUGAAAAAACUGGACUGUCUCUGUCGGAGAGGAAACAUAGGGAUGCAGAACUAAUGAGAGAAAAACAACGAAAAAAAGAGGAACAAUCGACGGGCCAGAAGCAGGCUGUAAAUUAAUUUUGCACAUAAAAUAUCUUGACUGCUCCAUACUAUGAACACUAUACAUUUUGAGCUUUGGUACAAAGAGCUGAAAUUGUUCAUGUGAUACCUAAGCAAUUGUCUCAUUUAAAAAAUGAAUGUUAAAAUCUUGUGUUUCAACAUAAAGCCUAAUUUAAUAAUAAAUGAACCCAAUAACAA